AUGUACGAAGACAAUACAGAGACGGUUUAUGGGACCCAUGAAGACUCCCACGUUGUGAUGUCAGAAAAGGUCCAGUCUCUGGCUGGAAGCAUAUACCAGGAGUUCGAACGCAUGAUAGCUCGGUAUGACGAAGAUGUCGUGAAGACGCUUAUGCCACUUUUGGUGAACGUACUUGAGUGCUUGGAUUCUGCUUAUCAGACCAACCAGGAACAUGAAGUCGAGCUGGAGUUGCUGCGCGAAGAUAAUGAACAACUGGUCACGCAAUACGAGCGCGAGAAGGCAGCGAGGAAGCAUGCGGAGCAGAAGUUGCUGGAAGCCGAAGAUCACUUCGAAGGGGAGAGGAAGGAUCUAUCCGGCCGAAUGGAAGCUCUAGACAGUAUUGUCAGAAUGUUGGAGCUGAAACAUAAGAACUCAUUGGACCACGCCAGCAGACUUGAAGAACGAGAAAAUGAACUGAAGAAGGAAUAUUCGAAACUCCACGAGCGAUACAAUGAGCUGUUCAAGACCCAUGUGGACUACAUGGAACGCACCAAGUUGCUGAUGAGUACAGCCAGCGACAGAGGAGAGGUCCGCGGAAGACUUGGCCUCAACCCUAUGCGUUCUAGUGGUCCGAUAUCGUUCGGGUUUGCAUCGCUGGAGAGUUCGAUGCACAAUGUGGAACAAACUGAGAGUAUGCCUGGUAGUCCUGUCAGCUUAUCUUCGUCGCCUCCCUCUCCACCGACCGGCUCCGACUUAGCAGCGGUGAGGACUGUUGAAUGCGCCCACCAGACAGAUCCAAUCACGCAGCAAAGCCAGGCGACAUCACCAGUGGCACCGCCUAACGCCCCUAACACUGGUAAAUCUCAAACAAAGAGCGAGAAACGAAGCGGCAACACAUUGUACCAAGAGCUCGCGUUCCAGGAUGUAGAUCCAGGCAUUGCUGAAGGUGAAGACGCUGAUAUCACAGGUAGUUGGGUGCAUCCUGGUGAAUACGCAUCUUCUGGAAUGGGGAAAGAAGUGGAGAAUCUGAUCCUCGAGAAUAACGAGCUGUUAGCCACGAAGAAUGCGUUGAACGUCGUGAAAGAUGACCUCAUAGUGAAAGUAGACGAAAUGAUGGGAGAACUGGAAAUCUUGAGAGAGGAGGUUGCAAACCUCAGCUCCGCCAGGGAGAAGUUACGUAACAGAGUCACCGAGUUAGAAGAGGAAGUGAGACAUUUGAAGGAGACGGUGAGCUCAAACGCGGGCGGUGGUGACAACAAUGAGGACGAAGCCGAUGUACCAAUGGCGCAGCGCAGGCGCUUCACCCGCGUUGAAAUGGCACGGGUCCUAAUGGAACGUAAUCAAUACAAGGAACGUUUCAUGGAACUGCAAGAUGCCGUUCGCUGGACUGAGAUGGUGCGAGCCAGUCGCGUUGACUCUACUGUGGAUAAGAAAAAUAAGCAAACUAUUUGGAAGUUUUUUAGUAACCUUUUCAGUACCAGCGAACGUCCACAACGUCCAUUAUCAACGCCUCAUCUUCGUGCGGUAGCGGCACCGCAACCCGCGCUGCGUCAUUCGAGGACACAAGCCGACUUCUUCGAAACCCAGCUAACCGACCAUCACCAUUCUAGACGCCAUGAAAGGAGCGAACAGUUCCGUCAGGUGCGGGCUCACGUUCGCAAAGAAGACGGGCGCACCCAGGCUUACGGUUGGAGCUUGCCGAGCAAGAGCGGUCAAGGGCCUAAAGGACCCAGCUCUUGCACCUCACUGUCAUCUGGCGGGGUCCCCGUACCCGUGCCAGUGUUUUGCAGACCAAUAGCAGAAAACGAGCCUCGUAUGACGCUGCUAUGCGCCGCUGCGGUCAAUCUGAACGGAGGCCGAACCCCCGACGGUGGAUGUAUGGUUGGAGAGAGCGUCUUCUAUGCGAACCCAGAGGAUAAAACUGAGAACACCAUGUCGCUUGCGUACGAAAUGAACAAGGCUCAGUCGGUGCAUUCGCCGGAGGUGGAGGAAAUAAACCAACAGUUGCAGUCCACGCAGAGCGUCGAGUAUACAGAGAAAAACCUAUCGUCUCUCGUUUGGAUAUGUUCCAGCAACCAAAAUAAAGGGAUUGUUAUGAUUAUCGAUGCGAACAAUCCGGCUGAGGUUAUUGAAUCGUUCCCGGUGACUGACAAACACAUCCUGUGUGUUGCGUCUGUGCCCGGCGCAGUCGCUGAAGACUAUCGCGACUACCAAGAAAGAGCUGCGGGAGCCGUUGAUAAACGACAUACUUAUGGUUUCGGCGCCGGCAGGGUAGAUUCCGUUGACGUACACAAUAAGCCUAAUGUCACCGACGAGAAUGGCGACUCAGACACGUUUGUCGUUGGAACUACACGCUUAGUAAAAGCAACGAUCUUGACACCGCCGAGUACACCAGUGAAUGAGCCCGAAACUGCACCAGAACCUCAGAAUCAAGAGACACCCAAAAAUAACGAGGAACCUGACUCUGUACACCCCGACAGUCCGCCACUCAGCUCCACACCUAUCAAUGGAGGUCUUUUGAACUCUCCCGAGCCAGGGGUUGAAGCAUUUGCUCAGCAACAAUCAAAGACGGAGACGCAACCGGAGCAGGAGCGCAAGAUGUCGACUGUCAUGGCGACCAUGUGGCUAGGCACUAAGAGUGGCAACCUCUAUGUACAUUCUGCUGUUGGAAACUACAAGAAGUGCUUAGCCAGAGUAAAGCUAAACGAUGCCAUAUUAUCCAUAGUGGCUUGCGCAUCUCGAAGCAUUGUAGCGCUCGCUGACGGCACCGUAGCAAUAUUCUCGAGACACGCGGACGGACAAUGGGACUUUGGACAGUAUUGGUUGCUCACCCUGGGUGACCCUAAAUGUUCUGUUCGCUGUCUAAGCGCCGUGGGCUGCACUGUAUGGUGCGGCUACCGUAACAAGGUGCACGUCAUAGAACCUCGCUCACGUCUGUUGCUGCAUUCGCUGGAAGCUCAUCCGCGGCAGGAGAGUCAAGUAAGACAGAUGGCCUGUGACGGGGAUGGAGUCUGGGUUUCAAUCAAAAUGGAUUCCACCCUGCGUUUGUAUCAUGCACAUACAUACCAACAUUUGAAGGAUGUUGAUAUUGAGCCGUACGUGAGCAAAAUGCUGGGUACUGGGAAACUUGGCUUCUCCCUAGUCAGGAUCACAGCUUUGUUGAUUAGUUCAGGGCGGCUCUGGAUUGGUACAAGUAACGGCGUUGUAAUAUCGGUGCCGCUCUCAGAAGGAUCUAGUCGUGAUUCCAUCGGACCACAACCGUCUACUUCACGGUCGCCCGCCCAAACUGCCAUAGCCGCCUGUCCGACUGGCAAUAUUCCAUGGUGUUCGAUGGCCCAUGCCCAACUAAGCUUCCAUGGACAUCGUGACGCCGUUACUUUCUUCGUAGCAGUGCCCGGAGUGGCUGGAUCCCCCGCACGCACUCCUGAAUCUCCUCGAAGGCAUUCGCCGACCAUACCACCCAUGUUGGUCAUAUCGGGUGGUGAAGGAUAUAUUGAUUUUAGAAUAGCCGACUCGGAAAUGGAAGACAGUGUAGUAGUCGCGGAGGACGGAUCAUCGAGUGGUCACAGUUCUUUGGCCGACCGGGCUUCCAAGAGCCAUUUGAUAGUGUGGCAAGUUGCGACCGCCUAA